AUGCACGCUCUGGAUACGGAAGGCAAGACAGCGCUGCACUGGGCUGCUGAGAAUAACCACAGCCACAUACUGAAGAUGCUCCUGGAAGAAGAGGCAAGGAGCUGCAGGAAUCAGCACAACUUUUUACACUUGGCAGCUCUCAGAGAUGAGAGCAGCCUGGCCAAAAUUCUUUUAGAGGCUGGUGCCUCCACUGAAGGAAGGGAUGAGAGGGGACAGACUGCUCUCAGUUACGCUGUUUCUCAGGGAUCUGAAAACACUGCAAAAGUACUGCUAGAAGCCGGAGCCACUGUUGAUUCCAACACGGUUGAAAGAGCCUUCAACAGCAACCACCCAUCCAUCUUCAAAAUACUACUGGAAUAUUCUAAAGAUCUGUCUGCUGACAUAAUGGAGUCAGCUCUCUUUAGAGCUGUACAGAAGAAUCUGCACACUGUUGUAGCAGCUUUAAUUGACAGAGGCACAGAUACCAAUGCCCACAACAAAAUGCAUUACACUCCUUUGCUGCUGGCCUGUGAAAUGGGCAAAGCAGAGUCAGCAGAGGUUCUAAUGGAAAAAGGAGCAAACUGGGGAAUAAGGACUCCUGCUGCAGACACAGCUUUGCACUUGGCAGUGCAGGCUGGGGCUGCUUCCAUCGCAGGUCUGCUCCUGAGCAAGGGGAUGGACACAAACCUCAGGAACCAAGCCGAGGAAACCCCGCUCCACGUUGCUGCUCUCCAGAAUAACGGAGCACUCGUCAACCUUUUAGUCAGUGCUGGGGCCAGAAUUAAUGCUGUCACCAAAGACUUUGUUACUCCCCUGCACAUGGCAAGUCUGAGAGGUCACACUGAGGUUGCCCACCAGCUGCUGCACCACAAAGCUCAUGUUAAUGCUCAGGACAAGCAGGCAAAGUCCCCUUUACAUCUGGCUGCUGAGCAGGGACACAAACCACUGGCAGAGAUGCUCCUGAAGGCCAGAGCUGAUCCCAACGCACAGGACAAGGAGAAAAAGACUCCUCUGCACGCUGCAGCUCUGAGAGGACACCUCAGCAUCGUGGAAGUGUUGCUGGCUAACAAAGGGAGAGCUGGAGCUAAGGACAUGGAUGGAUGUACCCCGCUGCACUAUGCCACCAUGAAAGGAAACACAGACAUUGUAAAAGUUCUCCUGGCCUCGGGGAAAAAUAAAAAUAUCGACGACAGAAACGUUUGGAGGAAGACAGCUCUGCAUAUUGCAGCAGAGUAUGGACAUGGAGAGCUGAUAAAUCUCCUCCUGAGCCACGGGGCUGCCAUCAACGCCUCGGACGGCAGCAGAGACACUGCCCUGCACUGUGCCUGCAGGGCUGGGCACCUCCGUGCUGUGAGUGCCCUCCUCAACUGGUCACGAGUGGAAAAAGCAAAUUUACUCGCUGUGAACAGCCUCAGAAAGACUCCACUGCAAGUAGCGGAAUCUAAUGAGACUGAAAACCAGCCUCAAAUUUUAACACUGUUGAGAAAGAAAAUGUUAAUAUCAAAAUGAAGAUGUAAAGAAAAAAAACUUAUAUUUAAGUGCAGAAUUCUCUUUAAUGGAAUUUGAAUAGUCCUAAUAUGGAAUAUGAUUGAGAAU